AUGUCAGAAGAUUCACCAAAGACGCCGCCUGAAGCUGGCCGGCGUUCCAAAUAUACUACGAUUGCAUGGUAUUUCCCAACCCUUGAUGACUCGGCUACGUUCCCGUCCUUAUCGUGCAGUUUCAUGCCGCACCCUUUAUUCACCUGGAUGCACAUUCCGCGACUGACCUCACUCCGUGGCGCAGCUGGGAUUGCCGUCAGCGUAAGGUCAAGUGUUCGGGCCAACAACCAUGUUCAAACUGCGUGGCUCGGCAGGCGACAUGUGCGAAACUUGCCCAGCAAUGCCAGUCACACCGGAAGCACCAACGGCGGUGGGCAACCCAAGCCAACCGUUCCAUCGUGCCAGUCAAACAAGCGCGACCCUGCUCAACUUGAUAGCGACGGUUUAGUGCAGAACGAACAAAGCUCCGAUCAGAGAAAAAGAUGCAAAUCCUUCACGACCGAGCCAGAACUGUCCAGCACUUUAUCGCAAUCUCAGACGUCUCCGGCGCCGAUCGACCUCACGCUGCACACCGCUGGGGACCCGGAAAACAUUUUGACAGCCACGGGGGAGGAUGAAACGCACACGUUCAACUUGCAGCUCCAAGCGGGGACUUCUAUCUCUCUGUCAUCACAGUUGUGGAAUUUGUGCGAAAAGCUAGGAGCUCAACCACCUUCCCCGCUGACUCCUGCGGACAAGGCGAGGCCCACUGCUACAAUUCGGCCCGUGGUGUCGAUCCAACUCCCCAACCUCGAGCUGCUCCAAGACUUGACAGAGGUCUUCUUCAGGGACAUGAACACGUUCCUCCCCCUUCUCAACCAGAACGAGGCUGUUCCUCGAAUGGCACGCACGUUGAAGGUCUUGGGAUACAACGAACAGACGGGCACGGCCGUGUCCUGCGCCAACCACAGCGUUUUCCUCGGCAUCGUUUUCAACAUGUUGGCCAUCGCUGACACCGAAGCUCCCAAAUCGUGGCUCGACAUCGAGCGGCCGGGCUGGAAUUGGUUUCAGCAAGGCCAGCGGCUGGUCAAGUACUUUGGCCCCACGGAGACCGGCGAACUGGACCAUGUGUGUUACUAUACUCUUGGAGCGGUCUACCUGCUCCGUCUUGAACUUCUGUCUCACGCCUCAGUCUACAUCAUGCAAGCCUGGAAUUUGGCGACAGUGACUGGUAUGAAUGAUCAGAGCUUCUGGCCCCGAGCCAGCCACUCCAAAAACCUGGCGCGGCAGAAGCUGUGGUGGGCACUCUACUACAUCGACACACAUGUCGCCCGGAGGCGAGGCAGGCCAUACCUGAUCCGAGACAGCGAGGUGUCUGUCGCCGAAUUUAUUCCCCGGUUGUCAGUCAUGGGCAAGUAUACUGCGCAAGAACCGAAACCUGUUGACGAGCAACCUAUCAGCCUCGGAGACACGGGCAUGCGAGACCUGGAGUAUCAUCAGACGGCCAUCAGUUUUGGCCGGAUCUGGAAACAAAUCUGGGACACCUUGUUCAGUGCAAGACUGGGUCGCUUUGCCGACGCCCAGGAUGUCGAAGUCCUCGACGCUCGCAUCUUGUAUUUGGAGAGAAUUACACCUUCGUCCUUGAAACUGGACGCGAACCAAGAAAUUCUCCAGCAGACCCAGGGAGAAUCCGAGACGUUUGUACGCCGCCGGCUACUUUGCCAGCUGCAAUUCAAUCUUUUCCGCAUGAUCAUUCGACAAAAUCCACUACGGAAAACACAGGUUUCGCAAUAUGACCAAGAAACGUGCGUCGUCCUCGCGAGAGACAACAUUUACAUGUGUGCAGCUUAUAUCGCCGCAUAUUCAGACUGUCUCCGUCCGGCCGCCAACCUCCUCACGCUGCAUCUCAGCGAAACCCUGUACCACCUCACCUACGCUCUUUGCGACGGAGAUGCCGACGUCGGGCUCUUGAACAUCACCGACUCGUUCAAAAUGGCCUAUGGACUGCUCAAGAAGCUUGCACGGAGCUUUUACGGAUCACGCAAGGCCCUCCGCGCCGUCACAACCUCGUAUCUCGCGUUCAAGCGCACGGUCAUCGGGUCGAGCACACUCGGACACCUGGUGGAUUUUAUCUUCAAAGAGCACGAGGUGAUGGUCAACUCAUCGUCCGACGGCGAGUCUGCGACAAUUCAAUCACAAAACGAAGCAACCUGCGCCCCGUCUCAGUCAUCCAGUGUGUUUCAGAUACCAGUAGCCGCCAUUAUGAAUGACGACCCGGGAAUAGGGUUCGACCUUGACCAUUUGAUGGCUCACGACAAAUCUGGCCUGCACUGGCCGGUGAUGAAUGAUGUCGACCUGGGGACCAUGGAGGGCUUAAGCUGGCCGGAGCUAGAACUGGGCCUGGAACGGGAAGUGUCUCAACGAAUGAUACAGACGUCAUAUGAUCAGCAGCAAUGGGCCAUGCUCGCCAACCGCGCGCCGGGGAGUGGCACACAGACCUCGGGAGAGGUGUACGGGAAUGCUCCAUGA